AUGCGAUUUGGUGGCAUUACUUCUCUGGCUUUGGCGCUGGCCGCCUCUGCCACUGGCCUCCAGAUAGAAGACCUCUCUGCGAUCGCGCCUCGUGGCUCACAUGGCGACGGCGCUAGUAUCAAUGUCUUUGCCCGUCUACUGACCUCCACACCCGGCCUCUUUCACGCUCGCGACAAUGUCUCCAUUGCACAGGGUCUAGAGCGGAGAGGCAAAUCGGGAAAGGGAGGCAAAGGUGACAAGGGCAGAGGAGGCAAGGGCAAGGACAGCAAGGAAGAACAUCUUGGCCGACCAGGCCUCAACAUUUACGACGACCAGAUCAAGAAAGGCGGCCACGUCUCAGCCCAAGACAAGGCUCGCAUAAAAGAGCUAGGCCUGGACGCUAUGGAAGCUGCCGAUGUCACCCAUGGCAGCGUCGUCAACCGAGUCCAUAGCUCCGAGAACACCAACAGCAAGGAUCCGACUAGUCACUUCACCAUCCAGCCUCAUGCAGGUCCGGGUGCCAGCAAUGGCAGGAUUCAUGUCGACGAAAAGACUGGCGAAUGGACUCAGGGAGAUAAGGGAGCGAAGAACUCGAGCAAAAAGGUGGCAGAAAAGAAAGCACAAGGAGGUUACGAUUCGGAAAAUGAUUUGCCACCGCAACGAAACAUGGACAUGCCUCCUUCGGACAGCGAAAGCGAUUGUGAAGGUCCCUUGAGCAAGCGCGGAGCAUCGUGCUCAAUCAGACCUAAGGGUGCUGCCAAGGGCAAAGUUGAUGCCAAGAGCAAAGGUGCUUCUAAGAGCAAAGGCGCUUCUAAGAGCAAAGGCGUCAAGGCUCAAAAGAAGACUGGCAACAAGACUCCUGCUAAGGGCAAGGGUGCUGCCAAGGGCAAAGGUGCUUCUAAGAGCAAGGCUCAAAAGAAGUCUAGCAACAAGACUCCUGCUAAGGGCAAGGGUGCUGCCAAGGGCAAAGGCGCUUCCAAGAGCAAAGGCGUGAAGGCUCAAAAGAAGACUGGCAACAAGACUCCUGCUAAGGGUAAGGGUGCUGCCAAGGGCAAAGGUGCUUCUAAGAGCAAGGCUCAAAAGAAGACUGGCAACAAGACUCCUGCUAAGGGCAAGGGUGCUGCCAAGGGCAAAGGCGCUUCCAAGAGCAAAGGCGUGAAGGCUCAAAAGAAGGCUGGUACCAAGACUGCUGCUAAGGGAAAAGGUACCAGCAAGGGCAAAGCAGCUCAGAAGAAGGCUGGUACCAAGGCUCCUGCUAAGGGUAAAGGUGCCUCCAAGGGCAAGGUAGCUCAGAAGAAGGCUGGCACCAAGACUCCUUCAAAGGGCAAGGCUCAGAAGAAGGCUGGCACCAAGACUCCUUCAAAGGGCAAGGCUCAGAAGAAGGCUGGCACCAAGACUCCUUCAAAGGGCAAGGCUCAGAAGAAGGCUGGUACCAAGACUCCUGCUAAGGGCAAGGCAGCUCAGAAGAAGGCUGUUAGCAAGGCUCCUGCUAAGGGCAAGGUAGCUCAGAAGAAGGCUGUUAGCAAGGCUCCUGCUAAGGGUAAAGGUGCUGCCAAGGGCAAGCCUCAGAAGAAAGCUGCUACUAAGACCCCUGCCAAGGGUAAGCCUACUGCCAAAGGAAAGAAGCCUGCUGCUAAGCCUGCUGCGAAGGCAAAGGCCUCUGCAAAGAAGCCUGCCGCGAAGGCAAAGGCCUCUCCAAAGAAGCCUGCUGCUAAGCCUGCCGCGAAGGCAAAGGCCUCUCCAAAGAAGCCUGCUGCUAAGCCUGCCGCGAAGGCAAAGGCCACUCCAAAGAAGCCUGCUGCUAAGCCUGCUGCGAAGGCAAAGGCCUCUGCAAAGAAGCCUGCCGCGAAGGCAAAGGCCUCUCCAAAGAAGCCUGCUGCUAAGCCUGCCGCGAAGGCAAAGGCCACUCCAAAGAAGCCUGCUGCUAAGCCUGCUGCUGCUUCUAAAGCUAAAAAGACUAAAUAA